UGUAUGAGAAAGAUAAUCUUGUGUGAGGUAUCAAGUUAUCUCUUUGUAAAGUGUCGUUGCAAAGAGACGGCAUUUUCUGCCUUAGAAGUCGAAGUUUAAGGCUGUUCAUUCGAGAAGUAUGUUGUUUUGUUUGUGUCAACCAAAGAAGUGCCAACUACCCAACGUAAACACUGCAGUUGCAACAAUCGUUUUGCAUAACAUAGCCAGGAGACGUAGCGAACUUCGAUUGUUACCUUGGAGCUUACACGAAACGAAAAUAAGCACAAUUUCUGUGUGACAUUUUUUUGUCAUGUAAAGCGACUGAUCUACCGAUGUGAGGACAAUCAACUCAGCACAAUGGAUAAUGCACAGUUUAAUCUACGAUGGAACAACCACAGUUUUAACAUCGUCCAGGUCUUUUUAGAACAACUCUCAAGUGAAAGUUUGGUGGAUGUAACACUAUCAUGCCAAGGCCAGUUCAUCAAAGCUCACAAAAUGGUCCUCUCAGCUUGCAGCUCCUAUUUCCAGGAUCUAUUUAACUUGCACGAUGCUCAACACCCUGUUAUAAUUCUGAAUGGAAUUAAGUUCCAUGACCUGAAAAUGGUUGUUGAAUUUAUGUAUAAAGGAGAAACAAAAGUUUUAGAAUCUGAACUCAAUGGUAUACUGGCUGUAGCAGAAGCCUUGCAAGUCAAAGGGCUCAGCAAUGUCCGUAGUGAAGACAAGUUUGAAAAUAAUCAAAGUAGUAUUUCACCAGAUGAUUGUUUCCCAUCCGUAGCUAUGAAUGAAAAUUUUGGUUCUGAUCUCCACUGUGAUGUCCCUGGAGUAGACUCACUUGAAGUGUCUAGCGCUUUGUCAGACUCCUCUAAACCAGGUAGAAAACGGAAGAGAGCGUCUGAGAUUAGUAAGACUGGGUCACUACAAGACGGAUCAGCCAAAGUGCAGCGUUCAGAGGAUGGUUUAUCUCAAACUAAUGUUUUUCAAUCAAGACCGAUUGCAUCUAAACCUCAAACCAGCAGAGGUUCAUCCUCUAAGGUCUCUUCACAAAAAGUCUCUGCACCUAAAGCUUCAUCUCCCAAAACCACUCCAUCUAAAACCAAUUUACAUCCCAAAGCCUCUUCAUCCAAUGAAUCUCUAUCAAGAGCAACCUCACCUGUGACCACUGCAUCACAAUGCUCCUCUGAAGCGCUUUCUUCAAGGGGGAUAUCACCCAUUCCAUCAGAAUUUCAAUCACGUACUAUCAGCUCUUCAGAAGAACCUUUAUCAGUAUCUACAGGCAAAGCAAGUUUGUCAAAGCCUCCAGCAAAAGUUUACCCACCCAAGACACCAUCAAAAGUUAAUUGUAAACCAUUAAAAUCAUCAAGUUCCUCUGCAUCUUCUCCACAUCAGUUAAGCCAAGACGAAGAUGAAAUUCCUCCUUUUGCUCAAGUCACUGUUAAUGAUUUACGCAAUGAUGAUGAAGAGCAUGAUGAUGAUAAUGAUAAUGAUGAUGAUCUAGCUACAACUAUUAAAGUUGAACCCCUCUUCAUCAGAGACAUCGAUGAUACUGAUACAUCGUGGGAUGACCCUACUAGAUUAGUUAUUGACCUGCCAUCUGAGGAUUCUGAAGGUAAGAAAGAUGAUUCGAAUAGCCCAGGUAACUGUGAAAAGUCUCACAUGUCGGUGAACAAGCAAGGGGUCCGUGUUAAAUCUAAAAGUAAAAUUAAGGUGAGAACAGAGUCAGAACUUGUUGCCGCGGAUAUGGGUUGUGGACCACCAGAUCCUCUUGAAGUGGAGCUCCCCAAAGAGCGACUAAAAGGGGAUAGGAUUCCACGGCCACCCAAUGCAUUUAUGAUAUUUGCUAAUGAAUGGAGGAAGAAGUUGGCUCUUGAAAAUAAAACCGAAUCAAACAAGCAGAUUUCUGUUCGACUUGGAAUAAAAUGGAAAGCUUUAAAUGCUGAGAAAAAAGAAGUAUAUUUUUGUGCUGCACGCAGGGCUGAUGAAGAACAUAAACGAAAGUAUCCUGGUUAUUUCUACAGCCCUAAGGAAGCCAGAAUAAGGAAAGCAAUGCGUCAUCAGUCACGGUUUCAGGCCCUUAACCCUUCAAAGAACAGUGAAGUUUCUGUCCAGCAGGUCAAAAACUCAAAAGGACCUAACCAUCCCAUGGAGUCUUUAUACAUUGCAGAUGCAUGUGUGGUGGUGAAAGAGGAGGUCCUUGAAGAAGACUCCAACCAGCAAAACCUAGAGGAGGAGUUUUUGAAAAUGGUUGAAGAUGGACAGGUUGAAGCAGAAGCCAAAGUGAAAGAUGAGAAGGAACUGAAUUCUGAGCAGGCUAACCAACAAACUAGUGUAGAAGAUCAGACGUGAAGUUCCUCCUCUUAGCUUUGUAAAUGUAAUGUGGAAACUUUUGGCGUUCAAAACUAGAAGCAAAACCCUUUUUUUUUUUUUUUUUAAUCUGUACGAUGUUCCCGUACCAUGCAUAGCUGAUCCUCCCUGUUCUGUUUGGCUGAUCAGUGUCAUUUUUAUGCACUAUGAACCAGCACUGAUUUCAUUUUGCCAUUUCUAAUGUAGGUGCUUGAAAACCUUGUAAGUUAAAAAUAAUGCUGAGAAGACAUAUUUCACUUAAGUAGAAACAGUUUUAUGUGCCAUUGUUAGAGUGCCAUCAAAUGGAAAUUGAGUGUUAUCUAAGAGAACACUUUGUUUUAGCUCACGGUUGGUACAUUGAUUUGUGAGAGGAUUAAUUUCACAUUUAUGUUACUCCAUAUUUUAAUUUCGUGACUGACUGCCAUUCAUGGCAUGAGUAGGAGACUAUAUUCUGUUGCCUUCAAGGCAUGGUAGAGCACACUGUAUUAGAAAAUUAGUUUUCUUAUUUUUUAAUAAUUGAACUGUAUCUUUAUCUCAAGUUGUUAUGGAAUUUGUUAUCUAUCUAUUAGAAUUUUGACUUGUUGAAGCAAACUUCUUGGGGUGAGCUUCAUUGUUUUUAUUUUCAUGUAGGUUUGUGUUUCUGACAUUUAGCAAUACUUGUAUUUGCUAUAUUUUGUGAUUUUUACUGUGCAUACCGCAUACCAAAUGCAAAAGGGUUGUUUUUUUGUUUUAUGGCUGCACUAUUUAAGUGCAUAUAGGUGUUUUGAUUUUUCAGGUUUUGUUAUGAGUUUUUUUUUAAAGACUGCAGCUCUAUUAACUAGCACUAGCAGUCGAAAGUGACAGGAAUGUGAGAAUGUGGUAAAUCAACAGACGGGAGAUCAAAAAAUUAUUUUCUAUGCAUUUUUAAACCCCUUUCUGUGUCCUAUUUAGUACAUUGAUAUGGUAUUUGAAUGUAUUUUGUUUCAACUAGGUUACUUUUCAGGGUGAUUUAUCUUUUUACUCCCUCAAGUAUGUCAGUUAGCUCUUUUUAAUAUUAUAUGACGUUUUUCAUUGUUCUUUAUUAUUAUUCUUAUGCAGUCCCUCUAAAGGUUUUUAUGAAUUGAAUGUGAUCAAUCUGCUACCGUCUAUUGCUUUAGUGAAAUUAUUCCAUAGUAAUUGUUUGUUAUUGGUUCAAUGUUAAUUUUGACAUUACCAUGUACUGCCUUUUGAUAACGAAAAUCUAGAGAAUUCAAGUUCACGCUAGUUACUGUUUCAUAAAAUUGUAUCUCAUCUGGUCAUAAAUAUAUUGAUUCAAUGUGUUGUUUUCUAUAGUUUAUAGUGAAACACAUUUAUGGCGAUUUCACGCCUUUAACAACGGAAAUACCAAUACUGAACUCGAAUUUACCGUGCUAAUCAACUUGUUUCUGCCUGCCAGAAACUCUACUCACCCAGGCGGAACUGGGUUUCACACGUCAGCUGGGUGUUUUGUGGAGUUUCUUACUAUGAUUGUUUGACAACGAUUACUUUUACUUGCAGGUUCUUGUAAAACAAAAGUUGUAUUUUCAAAUCGUAAAAAAUAAUUGGAUGUACUAACUGUUCAAAAGCACUGUUGAAAUUUGAUGAAGUCAUUACUUUUACCUACUUUGAGUUCUGACUAGAAGAGAGAACUUUGAGUGACAUGGUACUUUCAUUGUUGCAGCACUCAAUUUGAGUAGUGUCUGAGGAGUCUACCACAACAUGCUUAAGAACCAUGUUGUGCAAGUCAUUAUAUUUCUAAAUAAACAGAUUGAAACUAUGUA